GUUACUUACAACAUUAUGACGCCUACAUCCGAGUUCAUCACUGACGGACGGAAGUUUACAAUGGUCAGGAUUGUGUGCAGUUUUAAAGCGUGACGCACGCCAGUGAAAUGGCAGAAAGCAGUAUUUCAGUGGCUGAGGAUCAGUUCAGUUGUUCAGUCUGUCUGGAUCUUCUGAAGGAGCCAGUGACCAUCCCCUGUGGACACAGUUACUGUAUGAACUGCAUUACUGACUGCUGGAAUCAAGAUGAGCAGAGGAGAGUUUACAGCUGCCCUCAGUGCAGACAGACCUUCACUCCAAGACCUGCUUUAAACAAGAACGUGGUGAUGGCAGAAAUGGUGGAGAAACUGAAGACAGGAUCAAGAAAUGCUGCAAGUUAUGCUGGACCUGGAGAUGUGGAGUGUGAUGUUUGCACAGGAAGGAAGCGCAAAGCUGUUAAAUCCUGUCUGAUGUGUCUGAACUCUUACUGUCAAACUCACCUUGAACAACACGAUAGCUUCUUUAAAGAUAAGAGACAUCAUUUAAUCAAUGCCACUGGACGACUGAGGCAGAUGAUCUGCUCUAAACAUGACCGACUGCUGGAGGUUUACUGUCACACAGACCAAAAGUGCAUUUGUUUACUGUGUAUGAUGGAUGAACACACAGGUCAUCAAACUGUUUCAAUUAAAACAGAGAGGGCUGAGAAACAAAAACUGUUGUUGGACUUACAGAGAAACUUCCAGAAGACAAUCCAGGAGAGAGAGGAGGAGGUUUGGGAGCUGAAACAUGCCGUGAAGACUCAUAAGCACUCUGCACAGACAGCAGUGGAGGAAAGUGAGAGGAUCUUCACUAGACUAUUCCACUUUAUUGAGAGAAGACGAUCUGAGGUCUCGCAGAUGAUCAGAGAUCGAGAAAAGACUGAAGUGAGUCGAGCUGAAGGACUCUUGAAGAAACUGGAGCAGGAGAUUGAAGAUCUGAAGAGGAGAAACACUGAGCUGGAGCAGCUUUCACACACUGAUGAUCACAUACAUUUCCUACAGAGUUUCCAGUCUCUCUCUGCUCCUCCUGAAUCUCCAGAAAGCAGUGAUGUUACUUCUCUCCUCUUUUAUGAUGACGUGGGUGAAACUCUCUCUGUCCUGAAAGAGAAACUUGAGGACGCCUGCAAGGAAGCCACAGAAAAUAUGUCUGUUUUAGAGACACCAUACAUGGAGAUCAUUUCCACCUCUGAACUCAUUAACAGAGACAAGUUCUUGCAAUAUUUCCAUCAUCUCACCCUGGAUUCAAACACAGCACAUAAAUAUCUCCGUCUGUCUGAAGGAAACAGAGUGGCUACUUUUAUUGGAGCUGACCAGAGUUACCCGGCUCACCCGGACAGAUUUCAUGACUUUUCCCAGGUGUUGUGCAGAGAGAGUGUAUGUGGACGCUGUUAUUGGGAGGUGGAGUGGAGCGGGGAGGCUGGAGUGGGAAUAUCAGUCUCGUAUAAGAGCAUCAGAAGAAAAGGAGAAGGUUUCGACUGUGUGUUUGGGUUUAAUGAUCAAUCCUGGAGAUUGUCCUGCUCUAACUCCAGGUAUACACUCAGACACAAACAGAUAUCCACCAAACUCUGUGUACCAUCAAGCUCCAACAGAAUAGGAGUGUAUGUGGAUCACAAAGCAGGAAUUCUGUCCUUCUUUAACAUCUCUGACACAAUGAGCCCCAUCCACAGAGUCCAGACCACAUUCACUCAGCCACUCUAUCCUGGGUUUGGGAUUAAUUUUGGGUCAACUGUGAAACUGAAGUCUGCAGAGAAUCUGUGAAUGACAGUGUCAUCUUACAAGUUUAAGCAUUUUAAGAGAAAGGGCUGAGUACAUGUGGUUAGCAGUAGUCAGUGACAGUUGACUGGUAUUUUUAAUCAAGAUUGUGUGUCUUUAAGAUUUUCUUACAUUAAGGACAUUCAUUACCUGACAAAGGUCUUGCCUAUCCAGGUUUUGGUAUUAAAAGUGGCAUAUAUGAAAGGCAAAGUCCUCUAGAUUGUGCUUAUUUUACCAGAAUAAAACAUGAUCAUGCCUUGAUUUUUAGUUAUUUAAUUAGGACAGUAAGGUCUGACUUUGCUAAGACAAAAGUCUUGUCACUUAACAGAAAUAAUGUACAGUAUAGAAUAUAAAGUCAUGCUGCAGUGGAAAAAUAAUGAAUAUUAUGUAUGACUCCCAUGAGCUUGGAGGACUGCAUCCAGACAUCUCUGCAAUGACUCAAAUACCUUAUUUUAUGAAGUCAUCUGGAAUGGCAAAUAAAGCGUUCUUGCAGGA